AUGCACGAGCCUCCGUGGAAGAAAAUCAAGCUCUCGCUCGAGCGGCCGCACAAGGACGACGACGGCAACCCUAUCCCCGUCCUGCUCGACAUCACCGCGGACGGGCAGCAUAUAUACGAGCCAAACGAAGACGCGACCGCACAAGUUGGCGAAAACUUGCGUAGGAUCUUCGUCGAGCGCGGCGUCGACUACUUCGAUUACAAGAGGGAUGCUCCCGGCAAGCCAGCUGCCCCCGGUGCUCCCGCAGAGGAUGUGGCCGAAGACAGGCUGGAUGACUUCCAGGGCCCACGGCCGCCUAUGACGACGGAGGAGCUCUACAAGAUGCGCGUGGACUUGCUCCCUCAUCUCCAUUCUCAGCCGGCACCACCGCCACCGCCAUCGAACCUAACCGCUACUGUAGUUACGAAACCGCCGCCCAUACUGUCCGUACGCGCCUUCAAUACUCAGCUGGUCGUCGGCGGCAAAGACAAGGCAAGCGAGAGGCAUUGGCUUGACGCCCUGCGCAUUAGACGAGGAAAUUGGGGUCUAGUGCCUGCACCCCUUCCCUUGGGGUCCGCAACUGGGAAGGGUGCAGACAAAACGUCCAAGGAUUUCCUCGUGUCUUUCGGCCUGGAAGAGGCGCCUGCCGUCUUCCGGCGACGAGCCAUUGGUCGAAUGCCCAUUCUGGAUACGGAGGAAAACAGAAUAGAGUUUCCGUUACGGCAGAACACCCGUUUGCGGGCUUCAUUGAGGAGGACCAAUGAUGAUGGAUCGCAGCAUUUGGUUGCUAACACCAUUUGCUUAGUGGAAGAGACGACGCUAGAGGAGUCAUUGCGUGCAGCACAGAUAGAGGUUGUGGAACAGGAGGUAUUCUCCGCCCUCAUCAAGGAGGCAGGCAAUCUACCGACAGCAACUGCACGGGUGUCCGAGCGGUCAAUAGUCGUCAAGGCUGCUCUCGGAACUGAGCUAAUCAUUCAGCUAGUCGAUAGCAACAGUGAGCAGGAUGCACCAUCUUCGAGCACCGAGGCAGCGACGUGCGAUCUCAUCGUUGCCGCUCUCCGGAUCCUCCUUCUCCGUGUGCACCACUACAUAAGAUCCGAGCGUAUCAAGCGCACUGGCUCCUUUCGCAUGCCCGGCCACCCCGGCGCGAUCCAGACACCGCCAAUACUGCAGCCAAUCAUCGACCUCCUUCAAUACGAGGUGUUCUGCAACCGUGUACGCGCCGAGUUCCACCGCAUCGUGGGUGCCCUUCGCCGCGCGGGGCUGCCGGCAAAGAUGCACUUCGAAGCGAUGGCGGGGAGCGGGGAGGAGUUUGUGAAGCUGAUCACGGAUAACAAGCCCAAGCCAGUAGGAGGGGAGGCCAGGAUUCGGAUUGACAAUCAGCAAACGCUGCGGUUUACGUUCAUCUCGCCGUCCAUGUUGAUAGCCCACCUCCCGCAAGCGACCCUGGGCAUUGCAUCGAUAGCUCAGUUGUCUCAGCUAUUGGCUGACGAAGUUGGGUCGUUCCUGCUUACGCGAAUAUGUGACAUCGGCACCGAACAAUGCAGCGGGCUCAGCGGAGUGUGGUUCGUUGACUCACUCUCCAGCAGAAGCGUAGGGAAAUGGGAGGGCUGCGUCCUGAACUUCCGUGUGUCUUUCUCAGAAGAUUCAGCCCUAGUGUGCACUGCCACUAGAGUGGAACGCACGAAAGGCCAGCUCCAGCCCACUACAGAGAUCUAUACCACCAAAGAGCACAAUGACAGCACACUCUUUGCCUGGGCAACGCAUGUCAUUAACUCGGCACUUUUGAAGCAACCCUCUCCACUCAUACUUCGACCUUGA